CGCCUUCCUCCUCCGCCACCAGCCGCCACCAGCCCGCGGCCGGCCGCAAGGUCUCCCCACACUUCCUCGGCCCUGCCUAGCCCACUGGGUUCAGGUGCCCCGCGGCCCGCCCCAGCGCCUCCGGAGCUGACCAGGGUCUUGAAUAUGCGGAGUGCAGAUGAGGCGGGGAAGGCGGUCUGCGGAGGAGGGUGGACUGGUCCUCAGGUUUGAUACUUACUCCCUCGCCUCCUGCAAUGGGCUCUGAGCCGAAUGCCUGGAAGGAGACGGAGCGAACGCCAGUGAAUGCAAAGGGCCUGGGCUGGCCCGGGGGCUCGGGUUCUGGAGAGCUCUCGGCACUGGGGGCCUGGUCCGAAUUGGACCCAGGACCUGCCCUUCCAAUUGCUACUCACUGACUAGUGGGGAGGAGCUGCCAUGGACCCGAAUGCUCGGGCGUCUCUGGAGCGCCAGCAGCUCCGCCUGCGGGAGCGGCAGAAGUUCUUUGAGGACAUCUUACAGCCGGAGACAGAGUUUGUCUUCCCCCUGUCGCACCUGCAUCUCGAGGCACAGAGACCCCCCAUAGGUAGCAUCUCGUCCAUGGAAGUGAAUGUGGACACUCUGGAGCAAGUGGAGUUCAUUGACCUUGGGGAUCAGGACGGAGCAGACGUCUUCUUGCCUUGCGAAGACCCUCCGCUGACCCCGCAGACGUCCGGGGUGGACGACCAUGCGGAGGAGCUGAGCCUGCCCAUGCGCACGCCAGACAGGACCACCUCCCGCACUUCUUCCUCGUCUUCUGACUCCUCCACCAGCCCGCACAGCCCGAACCCCAGUGACGGCGGCGAGGACACGCCCUUGGCACAGUCUGACGUGGAGGAGGAUGGGGGCGCGGGGGACACCGAGCCUGGAGCCUGCAGCUAGCAGCGGGCACCCCCGCCUGUGGACUGACCGAGCUGACUGCUCUCCGCAGGAGACCCCAGGCCCAGCCAGAGCUCUUCAGAGAAGACCAGACUCUACCUGUAGUGGGCACCGGAGGGAGGAAGGGAUGGUGAGACGGCGCACCUCCCUGGGAGCUGGGAGCUGGGAGCUGGCCCUCUCCUGUGUGAUCGCUGCCCUUUUCCUGCUGCAACCCUCCCACUAGCUUUCGGCUUACUCCCGAGGUAGAGCUUGUAGGCAAGGAGGUGGAGAUGAGGUAGGACAGGACGCCACUGCCUUUCUUAGCGCCCCUCCCCCAGACCACCCUUGCAGCCUUCUAACCGGCUCCUCCACCGGUGUCUCCCAAUUGGCGUGAACUCUCUAGCACCAAGUGCGGUGGUGACUCCAGCCACCCCGCCCGCCUCCUUACGUCCUUUUUUGGAAUAGGGCACCGUAUCAAUAAUAAACAAAUAACAGUAUACCAACCACA